AUGAAGCCCCAGACUGCUCUUGCGACGCUUGUGGGUGCCCUAGCCCUUCUGUACGGGGCGCUGGGCCAGGUAAUUUUGGGCUUGUCCCAAAACGAUUUGCAGCAGCCGCUUCUGCAUCAUCACAAUAAGGGCCCCCAUUACGAGGUGCUCACCCACUAUUUCAAGCAGGACGACCCCACUACCGACGACGCCACUUUCGACGUUAGCCAAGACUUCGGACUCUACCCCAACACCACUUGGACCGAGUUGGUUGCGGAGUUGCAGGCGUUGAACGCUCAGCACCCCCAUCGCAAAUAUAAACUAUUGUUCUUGCAGCGUCACGGAGAGGGCUGGCAUAACGUGGCUCCUGCAGACUAUCCCUCCGACCAGUGGGCGUGCUACUGGCAGGUGUUGAACGGGAACAGCACCGUGGAGUGGUACGACGCCGAAUUGACGCCUUCAGGCGUGCAACAGCUCACCAGCUUCCAACAAGCGUGGGCGUCGCGCGUGGCCAGCGACGGGGUGCCCAUCCCCCAGUCCUACUACGUGUCGCCCUUGCGAAGGACCCUCCAGACGUGGGAAAUUCUCUGGAGCAAGCUUGCCACCACCCGUCCCGUGAUCAAGGAGUUGGCUCGUGAAACCUACGGUAUCGGCACCGAGAGCAAGCGUCACAACAAAGAGUACCUCCAGCGCAACUAUGGGUUUGCCGAUUUCGAGGCUGGAUUCAGCCAGUUUGACGAUCGCUGGGUGCCCGACAGGCACGAGUCGUCGCAGCACCGUAAGUACCGGGCCCAGCAGCUCCUCAACGACAUUUUUCUCCAUGACCCCAGUGUAGUGGUGUCAGUGGUGUCGCACUCGGGGUUGAUCAAAUCGGUGUUGAAGGUGGUGCACCACCGCAAGUGGGGGUUGCAGACAGGACAGAUGGUGCCGGUGGUGGUGGAGGCCAGGUACAACAAGAAGGGCGACACCUACGACUUGGACAAACCGUGGAGUGAGUAUCGCAGCUGCGAAACCAGUUGA